CGACGCCGUGUUGAAGGAAAAUAGAGAAAAAGUCAUAACGUGACAUAAACACCGUUGGUCAGAGAGCUCGUCUGGUGCUGAGCAGUUCAGGAUCUUUUACAAAGCACUAGUGAUCGAAGUCAUUUUCUGUCAACGAUGUCUGACUUUGUGAUUUUAUCCCUGAUCCUGUUCCUGGUCGUGUGUCUCAUCCUGACAGUUGCUGCUUUCGUGUUUUACUCCGGACUGCUGUCUGAGAUCAGAGUUCGGACCGGAUCUCCCCCGGUGAAAAAGAUUACUAUUGCGUACAAGUUUAAAAAGGGAUCGUACAGGGACCGUGGAUCCGCCUUCACUGAGAGCUGCAGCAUCGCCCCUAAGCUCUGCUCUGUCGGGGUGUAUUAUGACAACCCCAGUGAGGCUGAAGAUGAUUGUUGUCGUUAUGUAGUGGGGAGUAUUCUGAGCCAGGACGAAGAAAAAACGGAUGAAGAGAUACAGCGUCUGUAUGAGAAGUUUGGAUAUCGGGUCAUCUCCUUCCCAGAGAUCUCCUGUGCUGUGACUUCUUCUUUCCCUAACCGAUGCAUGCUGUCCCCCAUCUGUGGGGCGUACAGAGUCUUCCCUGAGCUCCACAGCUACAUCACAGAAAGAGGCCUGUCUGCAUACCCGUUCAUCGAGAUCUGCAAAGGGGAACUAAUCCACUACAUGUGCCCAUUAGAGAACCAGGACAGCUUUUUUGUGCCUGAACUCCUCGAGAAGCAAACCGAGAGUGUAGAGGAAACAGAGACUGACAAAGAUGCAGACGGCGCUCACGCAGGUGAAGGCUGCACAACUGAGACCGGCAUAGCAGUGAUGGAGGAAGAUGCUGAGAGCAGCGAGAUGUUGGAGAGAACCCUGCCUGUGGUGCAGCAGAGUCCACCGCUGGAUGAGAGAGAUUCUCAGACAGAGGAAGGCGAUCAGGGGGCCAAAGGCUCCAGCGAGUCUGUAGGAAGCGGUUCGUCUUUUGAAGAACUGGACAUGGACAUAGACGAAGAGAAGGAAAGGGAAGAUGUUGAGGAGGAUCAUGAGGAGGACAAUGAAAAAAGAGGGAUUAUUGGAGAGCUUAAUGAGGGAUAGUGUGUGUAUGUGCAUGUGUGAAGUUGUUUAUGAAUCUUCUGUUUCUUGUUUUCUUGUCAGCUUGAGGUGCCUCUUAAUCACGGGUCCUAACAAAUGUUAAUUAACAGAAGUUUAAUAAUAAAUUGCCAGUUUUUAAAAACACAUACCAAUCUUAUUGCAGGUCACAUAAUCGUUACAUAUCUAACCUUAAAAAAAAAGGCAUUCCCUCAGCUCACUAAUUCAAGACCAGUAUCUUAUAAAAUAUCUCAUAAAAGCUGUGUGUUAUUUGAAAAGGUUAUUUUCAGCAGGAGACCCUGCUGAUUUUUAUCACAGUUUCUAUCCCUAUUUCAGCAUCUUUGAGGCAAUAAACUAAUGACACACAAAUAAUGUAUUUCCUUACAGUGUAAUCAAAGCCUGUGCUACUGAAAUUAUUCCUGAAGUGGAAAAAAUGUAAAGAAAAUGUAUAAUGUACAAGUUAUGUUUUGAAUUAUAAAAAAUAAAUCCAGAAUAUGUAACCAAACAAUUAUGUAUUUAUUGAACAAAUGAUAUGUAGACAAUGAUAUAAGAUUUGUUCAUCAAUUAUGAAUUAACUGCUCUUAUUUUCAGAUUAUGUAUGUUUGUCUAGUCAGUUGUUUUAUAAUGGUAUUAAAGGGAAGUAAGUGUG